AUGAGCGAACUACAUACUAUCACUACGGAUGCGGCAAAAUACGACCUGGCGAGAUUUCCCACCAAAGACACAAUAAAAAUGAUGACAUUUCUGCUGGAGAAAGUCAUUAAAGCGAAUGAUAGUCUACAGCAACAGCAGCAACCACCCAUUUCACCACACACUGGCGAGAGACGAAAAAGCGCAAGCCAUUACUCUACCUGCUUUCAUGCUCGCUCGAUACCAAGCAUAACCAUAUAUGCCUAUCUUACGCGUAUACUGAAAUACUGUCCAUGUGCCAAUGAAUGCUUUUUAGCAUUGUUGGUAUACUUUGAUCGUAUGUCAAAAUCAACCAACACGCGUGCUGCUAAUCUACGUAUCGACUCGUACAAUAUCCACCGCCUCAUCAUAUCUGGUGUCAUGGUGGCAAGUAAACUGUAUUCCGAUGUGUUUUUCACAAAUACUCGAUACGCAAAGGUUGGAGGGUUGCCCGUAUCAGAACUGAACAUGUUGGAAUUGGAGUUCUUGUCCAUCAAUGAUUUCGCACUGUUUGUGUCUAUAGAGGAAUUGCAACACUACGGCGAUCAAUUACUAUCGCAUUGGACAAAGGAGCACGAAGAGUUUGCUAAGAACAAUGUAAAUGAUGAUAUGAAAGAGGAAGAGCUAGCACCGCCAGUGAGAAGACGAGCUCGACAUUUGUCGAUAGACAAGCAUGGAGACGAGAUUGAUGUGAACAGCUACAAUGACAGCGAAAGAGUAUAUAAAAAGCCAGCAUGUCCAUAG